AUUGCAUGCCUUUUAGUUUUUGUGGCGCUUACACGCUCAAGUGGGGGCGCCCUUGCGCUUCCUCACUUGAAGAAGAACGCGCUCACGUGAAGAAGAGCGCGCUUACACCCAAAGAAGAAAUGCCGCAUCCAAGUGAGUGGGCGAGUUAGUGAGAGAGGGAAACACUUCUACGAGCCAACGUUAAUGUUAAUAUCUACAGAGGCAACGCCUGAACCCAGGUUUAGGGUGUGCCCAUUGAGUACUUCCUACUGGAAGCCUCCCUCCCUUUGCCGCCUGCUCCGUUGCCGUGGCAACAAAGGGAGCGCGUCGGCUGCUCUGUGCCAGAAUGGAAAAGAAGAUGGAGGAAAACCCCGGGAAAGACGCUGAGGCUGGCAUGGAAGCUGGAGGCGAGGAGGCCUUGGUGGGGAAUGUCAACAAGCUGACGGUGAGCCCACCGGGGUACUCAGGAUCUCCCAGAAAAGGACAUCUGGUUUUUGAUGCUUGCUUUGAGAGUGGAAACCUUGGUCGUGUUGACUACAUCAGUGAAUUUGAGUUUGACCUCUUCAUCCGCCCCGACACCUGCAAUCCCCGGUUUCGUGUCUGGUUCAACUUCACCGUGGAGAAUGUCCGAGAGACACAGAGGGUCAUUUUCAAUGUGGUCAACUUCUCGAAGACAAAGAGCCUUUACAGAGAUGGCAUGUCUCCUGUUGUUAAGUCCACCAGCAGACCAAAAUGGCAGAGACUCCCAGCCAAAAAUGUGUACUACUACCGCUGCCCAGACCACCGGCGUAACUAUGUCAUGUCAUUUGCCUUCUGCUUCGAUCGUGAGGAAGACAUCUACCAGUUUGCCUAUUGCUACCCUUACACCUACUCAAGAUUACAGCACUAUCUCGCCAGCCUGGAGCGCAGGAAUCUUCCCUACCUGCGGAGGGAGCAGCUGGGACUCAGUGUGCAACAACGACAGCUGGACCUGUUAACAAUCACCAAUUGUGAACAGCAGAAUGGAGGAAAGGAGAAGAAACUGGUGUUCCUCACGGCUCGCGUUCACCCUGGAGAGUCUCCUGCCUCGUUUGUCUGUCAAGGUUUGAUUGAUUUCCUGGUGAGCCAGCAUCCGGUAGCUCAGCUCCUAAGAGAUUAUGUGAUCUUCAAAAUUGUCCCCAUGCUGAAUCCAGAUGGAGUGUAUCUGGGCAACUACAGGUGUUCCCUAAUGGGCUUUGACCUCAAUCGCCACUGGCAGGACCCCUCUCCAUGGGCACACCCCACACUACAUGCUGUCAAGCAACUCAUAGUGCAGAUGAGCCAAGACCCGACUGUUAGCUUGGAGUUUUACAUCGAUGUCCAUGCUCACUCCACCAUGCUGAACGGCUUCAUGUACGGCAACGUGUUUGAGGACGAGGAGCGUGUCCAGAGACAGGCCGUCUUUCCCAGACUGCUGUGCCACAAUGCCCAUGACUUUUCCUUUUCCAACACUUCCUUUAACCGUGACGUCGUGAAGGCCGGCACAGGCAGACGUUUCCUUGGCGGUCUCCUUGAUGACACGUCCUAUUGCUACACUCUGGAGGUGUCUUUCUACAGCUACAUGACCCCUGGCAGCACGGCUCCCGUGGCCUACACCGAGGAGACGUACAUGAGGCUGGGCAUGAAUGUGGCUCGGACCUUCUUGGAUUACUACAAACUCAACAACCUAAUCGCAGACAAUGUGCCAAGUCACCUUCAAAGUUCUGAAGUGACGUCUCCAGUAGAUGGCGAUGUAGUGGACAGAGAGAAAGAGCAUGUCAGGGACUAGUGACACAGACAGCACCAUGGCACCAGGAGGAGCAUUCACUGCUCAUCAUUUUGACAAGAUCAACAUCUUUCUGCCUCGAGACAUUCAUGGAAUAAAACUUCAUUUGCUCCAAAUUGUAUUCAUAUGAUUAUAUGUAAAUGCAUGCCUUCCGAAGCUCUUUAAAUAUGCAUAUUGAUGUCUUAAAUUUACUGUAUAAAGGUGUUGCUUUUCUUAUUGCAAAAAUAAUGUAUACAAAAGACACCAGUGAUGCAAUAUUUUUGGCAGAAAAUACAAUUAGGUAGUUCAUCAAUCAAACACAACAGUUUUGUAAAGAUCUGUAACUUAUUUGUUACUACAUUUUACUAGUAUUCGUGAUCGCUGAAGGUUAACCAGCUAACCUGAUUAUGACACUCCAUAUUUAUUUGAUGUAAUUUCUGUUUGUUGAAUUUUGUGACAUUAUGCCUGGUAUUCUUUACGCUCCAUUUAAAUGAAAAACAAUAUAUUUUUAACCUUAGAACAAAUACAAAUACAAUAUACAAACAUGGGGUGAUUGAUACACACAGUCAGCAAAUUAACAUGAAAUAAAUUAAAGGGGGUUAUUUUCAACACAAGCUGUAU